UGAAUUCUUUAAUAUGACUGAAAUUGUUGUUAGUUUUUGGGAGAUGAGUCAGUAUUAACACUGUAGUAGACCAUAGUACACACGGGUGCAUUUGCAAUUGCAUCCAUCACUGUCUUCUACUUCUUCUUCUUCAGUGAGUGAGUGAGAUGAGUAAUCCCAGAGAAGAAGAACCGUUAUCCAGAGCUGCAAGAGCAGCAGAAGAUCUUUACCAUCUUCGAGACACUUAUUUCCCACCCAAUCCCGAUGACAGAAUCUCCAAGUUGCAACACGAAUCCGAUCUUGCUCUUCAACUCCUCGAUUCCAUUCCCCCAGAACAAAGAAAAUCACCUAUGCAACGUGCAACAUUUGAAUAUCUUAGAGGGAAGAUGCUGGAUGUAUUUCCUAACUAUAGGAAAGAAGCUGAGGAUCAUCUAUCAAAAGCUGUUAAGUUAAACCCAUCUCUUGCAGAUGCUUGGCUAUGUUUAGGAAAUUGCAUUUGGAAGAAAGGAGAUUUAACUGCUGCAAAAAACUGCCUCAGUCUUGCAUUAGGCAAGGGUCCUAACAAAAAGAUACUUUGUCAAUUAUCAAUGCUUAAAAGAAAAAUGUCUCAAGGUGCAGAGAAUCAAGCAGAGCUGGUUGAGGAAAGCAUUCAACAUGCCAAGGAAGCAAUCACUUUGGAUGUCAAGGAUGGGAAUGCUUGGUAUAAUCUUGGAAAUGCAUGCCUUACAAGUUUUUUUGUCACUGGAGCUUGGGAUCAUACCAAACUUUUACAUUCUUUAAAAGCAUAUCAAAAUGCUGAGAAAGAUGAAAGCAUGAAGUCCAAUCCAGAUUUAUUUUUUAAUGGUGCUACUGUUAACAAAUAUCUAGAGAACUACCAGAGGGCCCUUAGUGGAUUUGAGGCUGCUGCUUUAAAGGAUCCAGGUCUCAAUGCUGUAGAGGAGGUUCAGAAGAUAGUCAAUUUACUUGACAAGGUGGACAAUCUUUUGAAGUUUUAUUAUGUACAGGGACAUGUAAGAGCUAAGCGAAUGGCAUCUUUGGCAUCAUCAUUGGUUGCUGUUGAUUUGAAAUCAUCAUACAGAAGAGUUACCAUAGACCUUUUAUCAGAGGGUCCAAAUAGAGCUCUUGCAGUUGAAGGGAAAGUUUUUUUCUUUGUUAGGAGUGAGAGCGUUGCUCCCCUAUACUAUUUGCUUUGUGAUUCAAAUCGAUCUUGCUUUGUACUCUCGAUUUAUGGUGUACGUACUGAUGUGAUUAAAGAAGGAGAUCAGCUAACAUUGCUUGACCCUUAUUUUCGUGAUGUUGAUUUGUCCUGGAAGGAGAAGCGUUACCAGUUCAAAUCUAUACGCCUGGAUUUCUAUGAACAAGUGCUUGUAAAUGGAAAAGCUUUGACUCCUCAACAAGCUAUUCGUACCUCAAUAUAUGCUCAACAUAAACCCUGAAAAGGCCACUGCUGAAUUAGAUGAGUUCUACAUGUCUUCCGGCUGUUGGUGUUGGAUGCUGUGUAUUCAUUGAGUAAAUAGAUUAGUUGAUACAUUUUAUACAUGUGAAUUUUCUUGCCCAAGUCAUGGGUCACUAUCAGAUAAUAGGAAAAGAAAAAACUUGAGAGGAAACUUUUACAUUUGGUUUUUUAUUUUGUCCGUCAAGUUUUUGCAUUUGUUGAAUAUGAUAGUUUAAGAUUCUCCUGUGAUGUUUUCUAUGCUUUUAACAGCAUGCUUAUGUAAAAAUCUUGUUUGUUGUGUAUCAAACUCUAAUCUUGCACA